AUGUUCGGUUCUCAAGAGGAAAAUAUCAAUGAACGAGCUCCGUUGCUCGGUAACACUCAGUCAAGCUGCAACACACCAAGUGAGCCAACCUCCAAGGUGUCCAGGAAAGUAGCAUGGCUUCAUCAUCCGCGAAGGCAAACCAUCGCUUUGAUUCUGUCCACAAUGCUGGCUUCAUUGAUCUUUAUUGGUGUCCUACUCACUUGCAUUGCUCUUCGAGAGGGAAAGAAAUCUAACGGACUCACACCGCCAAUGGUCAAUCUCACCUACACCAGCUACGAGGGCAUCCGUCUCUCUAACGGCGUCAACGCUUUCCUAGGGAUGCGUUAUGCCGCUCCUCCGCUUGGAGACUUACGCUGGCGAGCACCAGUAAGGCCCAAGAGAACCAACACCGUCGAGAGGGCUGACCAGUUCGGGCCAAUAUGUCUCAGAGCCGGUGUUAAUGCACCAUCUCCUGGCCAGAGUGAGGACUGUCUUUUUGUGAACGUGUGGGCUCCAGCGAAUGUCACGGAAAAGUCAAAGUUGCCUGUUUGGGUGUUUAUUGGGGGAGGAGGUUACAAUGCCCUCACUAAUGCUAAUUGGAACGGAAGUGAAGUCGUCCAGAAGUCCGGCCACAACAUCGUUAUGUUGGACUUUAACUAUCGGGUUGGGAUGUGGGGGUUCCUCGCCAGCCAGCGGGUGAAAGAUGACGGUGAUUUGAAUGUCGGCUUGCUCGACCAGCGGAUGCUGUUGAAAUGGGUGAAGAAACAUAUCUCCGCGUUUGGAGGAGACCCCGACCAUGUAGUCAUCCACGGUGCAUCAGCAGGAGCAGGCUCCGUAGUGAUGCAUCUGUUGGCAUACGGUGGCCGUAACGACAACCUUUUCGUAGGUGCCAUGUCCGAGUCACUCUUCUUCCCAGCCCAGCCGUAUGUAAAAGAGCUCGAAUAUCAGUUCGACCGAUUGGCGCAGCAGGUUGGCUGUUCGAUUGUAAAUUCGUCGGAGCAGCUCACUUGUUUACGGAGUCAGAACGUCACCUCUUUGCAAGCAGCUAAUCACGCCCAACAUUUCCCGGGCCAUGACGGACCACUCUUGCCUAUCUUCUACUGGACUCCAUGCGUGGACGGUGACUUCUUGCAGGACCUCCCUUACCGGCUUAUCCGAAGAGGUCGUCUUUUGAAUGUACCGAUUCUUUUUGGUACCAACACAGACGAAGGGUCAGUUUUCGCCUACGACUCCCUCACCCCCUCCGACCUCACCAACUUCUUCACCACCAACUACCCCCAUCUUACCCCCUCCGACAUGCGCCAUAUCCUUUCGCUCUACCCGCAACUGCCUCCCUUGCCGAACCGUAACCCCUGGUAUCCAACCACCAGUCUUGCCUACGGCGAAGCUACAUUCAUCUGUCCCUCUAAUAACUUUCUCGACGCUUUCGUUUCCGCCUCCCCCUCUCCCUCUCCCUCCUCCUCAUCACCACCACCCCCAAGCAACCAAACCCAAAGAAGGAAAGCAUUCGCCUACCGUUUCAACGUCCGCGACUUUACCCUCCAGGCCGCCGGCGUCGGCGUGCCCCACCUCUUCGACGCGGCCGCCAUUUUUGGGCCGGAUAACAUCAGCGGGUUCGGGGCUGGGGAGGGGAGCAGCUACAAGACGUAUAACGCACCGAUUGUUCCCAUGUUUAUGGCGUACUGGAUCAGUUUUGUGAGAACGUUGGAUCCGAAUAUAUUGCGAGAGAGGGGAAGUCCCGAGUGGGCGACAUGGGGUAGGGAUUCUUCUUCUUUGGAUGAAAGUGGAGAUGCGGAUGGAAGUGAGGGCGGUGAGAUGGAGGACAGAGGUAGGAGGGGGAGGGCGAAGAGGUUGCUGGUGGAACUGGGAGAUACGAGGAUGGAGGAGGUCGGGGAGGAAGAGAGUGAUAGAUGUCGAUUUUGGGAGGCGUUGGGGGAUCGGUUGGAGCAACUCCGACGGGUGUCAUAGUGUUCCCUUGGUGGCUUAGUAGGUUAUUGGGUUUGGCCCUGAACAAGACAACGCUUGACACUAGACAGGCAUUGUGAUAAUUAUCUUGUAAUUUAACAUUACGACAUGUAAUCCUUUCGGAUAACCUUCCGAGUACAGAGCGAUUGAU